AUGGCAGACUAUGUGUGGGCGAGUGGCGCGAGGUUGCUAGGCGCUGGACCAGAUGGAGAGGUGAGGGUUGGGUUCCACCGAAAGACUGGAGACAAAGUAGCCAUGAAGAAGAUCUACGAGCACGAGUGCCUUUACGAUGCCAUCAUCAACGAGUCGGAGAUCCUGGAAGAGGUAGCGCACGACAACGUUGUCAAUUUCCUUGGGUUGACCUGCAACAACCAGGGUACGUUCAUGGUGAUGGAGCUCAUGGACGGGAGUUUGAGCGAUGUGAUCUCGUCACGCAAGCUUGGGGAGCACGACAUCAGGGCCGUGAUGCGCCAGAUCCUCGAGGGCCUGGCGUGGAUUCACGCGCACGGAAUCGUUCACCAAGACGUCAAGACGAGCAACGUUCUCGUCAAAAGGGAUGGAGAGAAGAAUAAGUUUGUUGUGAAGCUGGCGGACUUCGCUACCGCGAGGAGGCUGCGGACACGCCCCUGGUCGAACAAGGUCGGGACCUUAACGUUCAACGCUCCGGAGCUUCUCAAGGGUGCCACCAGCUUUGGCACCGCAAUCGACGUGUGGGGGGCCGGGUGUAUAUUCGCGGAGAUGCUCCUGGGUAGCGAUCCCUUUGAUGUGCCCGACGAUGGGGACUCGCUCAACUAUUUUGUGGCUGAUUUCGCCAAGAAGCUGGACAUCGAUGGCUGUGGCAUGGGCUAUCAAGACAGGCGCCGAGAGCGAGCACGUGAGAGGAUCUUGGAGAAGAUGGUGUGGUGGAAAGCCGAGGAUGUGAGAAGCGGAAUGAAAGACCCCGAUGCAGUGGAGCUGCUCAAGAGGAUGCUGGCAAUUGAUCCGGCGAGGAGGAUCUCGGUGCAAAACGCCUUGAAGAUGCCAUAUUUCCAAGAGAAGGCCGACGACACAGCCACGCCAGUGCUCCUGAAAAUGACGACUGCAAAAGCGGCAGCGCGGUUCUUCGAGCGUUUUCCCAAGAAGAACGUCGUCUCCUACAAUACCAUGAUCGCAGGGAAUGCUCAGGCCGGAGAGCUAAGCUCUUGCUUCGAUCUGGUGGCGAAGAUGGCAAUCGAAGGACUCACUCCCGACGAGCAAGCCUUCAGUGUUCUCGCUGCAUCCAGCCAUGGCGGAAAGCUAGAACAGGGACUCCACCACUUCGUGCUCAUGAGCGGCGACUUUGAAAUCACAGCUUUGAGGGAGCACUACGAUUCAGUCACAGACAUCCUGGGACGGGCCGGGAACCUGGAACUCGCUCGCUCGGUCGUCCAAGCCAUGCCAUUUCUCCCGGCUUGGGGAUCGCUACUCGGUGGCUAUCAGAUGCAAAGUGGCCAAGGCUUCACGCAACGAGCAGCCAGGAGCGUUUCCGAGCUGGGCUUGGGGCGAGCAAACAGCCAUACCAAGUGGUACACAAAUUCACGUUAUAUCAUUGAUUUUAAAAUAUGA